AUUCAUGCAAUGUUUUGCUAUCUGCCUCGUUCUCAUCUCCGGCGCCACCGCCGCCCGCCGGAAUCCGACCAUCAAGCUCCCGUCCGCCCUAGACGGCGAAAACCUGUUAUGUGAGAGCUGGAAACAGGCGGUGGAGACCAACAACGCCGGCCCUUGGGGCCUGCCCCUUCCGCCCUGCUUCGGCUUCGCAAUGUCCUAUAUGACCGGCCUCCGCUACCUCGCCGACAGCAUCACCGUCACCAACUACGCCCUGGAGUUCGCCAAGUCGGUGAAUGUCACCGGCAAGGACGCCUGGGUUUUCGACGUCGACGACACUUUGCUUUCUCAUGUUCCCCACUUCUUUUCACCUAAUCAUCAAGAAUCAAGGAAAUUGCAGGAGAGAGUGAAAUCUGAAGGGUGGGAAGAAGAUUCAUUGUUGGGUGGUGAUGAGGUUGAGUUGCCGGCGUUACCGGCAAGUUUGGAGUUGUACCGGAAUAUUCAGAAGCUAGGGUUCAAGAUUUUCUUGCUAACCGGACGGAAACAGUCUCAGUUGAAUCAAACCGUCAGAAAUCUUUUGGAAGUUGGAUAUAUCAACUGGGACAGACUUAUCUUAAGGGAUACAUGUGAUUACCAUAAGACAGCAUUGUUGUACAAGUCAGAGAGGAGGAUGGAGUUGGUGGAAGAAGGUUACACACUUCAUGGGAACUGUGGUGAUCAGUGGUCUGAUUUGCUUGGAUAUGCCAUGGCCGUUCGAUCCUUCAAACUCCCAAAUUUGAUGUACUAUAUCAAGUGAUUCUAUUCCUUUUGUUAAUGUUGAUUUUUACAGGAAUAAACUGUCAUUGUAUUUCAAUUCCAUCUCCCAAGCCUGCAUUAUAAAAGGCCAUUGGCUUACCCAACAAAAUUUAUAAGAAAUGA